GUUUCCAGGUCUGGCGCGGGGCCAGGCGGCGGUGGCAGCGGUGGCGCCGGCGGGAGAUGCCCGGGCGGCCAGCGGAGGUCCAUGUGGCGCGCUAGGUGGGACCCCGGCGUCCUGAAGGCAGAGGCUCUGGCCCUCCUGCCCUGCGGCCUGGGCAUGGCCUUCUCGCAGUCCCACGUGAUGGCCGCUCGGAGGCACCAGCACAGCCGGCUCAUCAUCGAGGUGGACGAGUACAGCUCCAACCCCACCCAGGCCUUCACCUUUUACAACAUCAACCAGGGCCGCUUCCAGCCACCGCACGUGCAGAUGGUGGACCCGGUGCCUCAUGACGCCCCCAAGCCGCCUGGCUACACCCGCUUUGUCUGUGUGUCUGACACCCACUCGAGGACGGACCCCAUCCAGAUGCCCUACGGCGACGUGCUCAUCCAUGCCGGCGAUUUCACGGAGCUGGGGCUCCCGAGCGAGGUGAAGAAGUUCAACGAGUGGCUUGGCAGCCUGCCCUACGAGUACAAGAUCGUGAUCGCCGGCAACCACGAGCUGACCUUCGACCAGGAGUUCAUGGCCGACCUCAUCAAGCAGGAUUUCUACUACUUCCCGUCCGUGUCGAAGCUGAAGCCCGAGAACUACGAGAACGUGCAGUCCCUGCUGACCAACUGCAUCUACCUGCAGGACUCGGAGGUCACCGUGCGCGGCUUCCGCGUCUACGGCUCCCCGUGGCAGCCCUGGUUUUACGGCUGGGGCUUUAACCUCCCGCGAGGCCAAGCGCUGCUGGAGAAGUGGAACCUCAUCCCCGAAGGCGUGGACAUCCUGAUAACCCAUGGGCCGCCCCUGGGCUUCCUAGACUGGGUCCCCAAGAAGAUGCAGCGGGUGGGCUGCGUGGAGCUGCUCAACACGGUGCAGAGGCGUGUCCAGCCGCGGCUGCAUGUCUUCGGCCACAUCCAUGAAGGAUAUGGUGUCAUGGCAGACGGGACGACCACCUACGUGAACGCGUCCGUGUGCACCGUGAACUACCAGCCCGUGAAUCCGCCCAUAGUCAUCGACCUCCCCACACCCCGGAACUCCUGACUGGCCCUGUGCCCCAGCCCUGCCCGCCCACAGCAGCUCCAUAUGCCUGGCCGAGAGCACGGACCGCAGCCACCUUCCUUCCAUGCAGACCCCCCAUCCGGUGUGGGGACCAGCCCAGCAGACGGGUUGAGGCCUUGGAAUGAAGAUCACCUCUGACUCUUCAGCCUCGUGUCGCCGGGAGUGGGGACCCCGUAGGUCCCUGUCGGGUUCUGUGCUCAUCCCUGUUUUCUGCGUGUACCUUCCGUGCGUCCCUCACUAGAGGACCUGCCCAGCUCGCGGCCCGGUCCUGCUGGGGAAGAGACUGUCUUCCUCCUUCCAGUGGACACCGUCGUGGGUGUGGGGAGCCCCUGCUCCUGGGCAGAUUUUGCAAGUUCUUGCACGAAAUCUGCCUCUAACUGAGGGUCUGUGUGGCUGCAAGACCCAGGGCUGGGGGGUGGGUGGGAGCUUCCGUAGGCUGGAGGGACCUUCCUCUCUGCCCAGACUGGAGAGGAGAUGGGCCCGCCUCACGGCCAGGGCCCUCCGAGGGAGUGGUCAGGGACAUCUCAGGAAUUCGGACUGCACCUGGCCAGGCCGACAGGCUGUCGCCCCCCCGUUUUCUUCCUGUGGGCAUUUUCGCUGACUUGAACAAUGGCCUGAGCAUCCCCGACAGCGCUCAGAGCCUGGGUUUGGGGGGUGGGUUCUACAGAAUGAGCCAUUUGAGUGCCCAGGACCGGCUGGGGGCUUCCCAAGUCAUGCUCGACCCCUCGCCCGGUGGGGGCUGCACUGCUCUGCAGAACUCAACAGCCCGGAGGGUCCGCAGCCCGAGGCGGCCCUGCCACGUGUCUGCCCCCACGCGGGUGUGCACACACACACACGUGCAUACACACGCCCCCUUAAUUUAAUGAAGUGGACCCUGUGUUUCUCAUUACUGUCCUCGAGUGAGUUCCGGCCCUCCGUGCGAUUUCCUUGCACCUUUGGGGUCUGUCUGGCGCGUCCACAGCUGAGGAAGGCUGAGUGGUCCCCAGUCGCUCUUGCCCCAGUACCAGCCGCCCCGUUAACCGGAGGGGGACACAGUGACAGAGUGGGCCAUGGGCUCCCGCUGCUCCACCCAGGGCACUUCUUUUUCUCCUUUAAAUUAGGACCAGGGGGCUUGGGCUGCAUCUCUGAGGGAGAGGGAACCAGCAGGGCCUGAGGAGGGUGAGGCACGGGCGGCAGCGUCGGCACGUGCAGGGUCAGAUUCUGUCUUCAUUUAAAAUUCUGGUCUUUUGUUCAUCAUGGGUUUUUUUCUGCAUCAAUUUUGAUUUUUAAAAACAUUACAUUAAAAUAGUAUCGUUCAUCUUGAUUGCUGAUUUUUUGGACAGCCCCUUAAAUUGUGCGCCCGAGAGGAGGGACCUCACUUGCCGCACCCUAGUCCUAGCCCUGGGAACCAGCAUUUAAUGUGCCCUCCGCAGAUACCAUCGCAUUUCAUCCUCAGGCAGUCCUGCAAGGUGGAGACUGUUGGCCCCAUUUUAGAGAUGAGGAGGCUGAGAUCAGAGAGGUGAGGUAACUUGCCUGAAGCUGCACAGCACAAAAAGGGCAGAGGCAGGAUUUGAACCUCCAUCUCUGACUUCAUAGUCCUUGCUUUGCCACCACCCAAAGCUCCGUCCCUACAAGGCAAUGCAUGGUCCAAGGCUCUUUUGUUUUUCUUAAGGUUCGUUUCUCAUAGAGAGCCCCUGGAGGGCUGAGGGAUCCUGUCCCCCUGAGCCCAGCCCUCCGGUAUCCUGGGAGAUCGUGAUUUCUUCCUACUCGAAUGGGGCUCCCGGUGGGGUGAGCGGCAGUGUCCAGGGAGCCUGGCGGGAACACCGCGUUGGCCAUGGCCAGCUUCGCUCUGUGGGGGCCGGGCUCCAGGAAUCCCGUUUGGCCCAAGUGGUUCCUGGUGGCCGAGGAUAUUUCUAGUCUCUGGGGAUGCCUCAGAUGCAGGACGUGUGUGCGCAUGCACGGGGUGGAGAAAAUACACGGCUCUUUCAGUCGCCUCUACUGAAUUUCUAUGCGGACCAAGAACUAUAAACUUAAAUUUUUUUUCCCAAGGUAUCUUCAGAAUAUGGUGUAUUUUUAUGUGGAAAAGAAAAGUUAUGAAGGCAGCUGUUACUUUAAGAGAAAAUUCAUUAAAAGUCCUCGAGGUAUGAAAGAUGAUGGCGUGCUCCUCAAUCAUUUUGGCAUAACUUGAUUGUGGCUGUAAUUUUUUUUGUCAAGC